CCGAGAACACGUUUAAGUCAUGCACGAGAACACCUACCUUGCUUAUGAUGUAGCUCUGAAAGGAUUUUCUGGGGACUGGUUCAGCCUUCAAAAAGAGGUGUCUAUACAAGAGUGUUGAGAAGACACAUUUGACAUGCUUAAUAUUUUCUUCUAGGCAAUGCGAGUAGUCACGAAGGCCUGGAAGUCUGAGGGGUAUCAAUAAAGCCAUACAGCAUGACCAAAUAUUCAGUGGCCAGAGGCAGUACUGAAGGUGCACAAUGGACGAGAGCACAUUUGAGACAUUUGAGGAAGAGCUUGGAGUGCAACAACAGAAUGUCCCUCAACCAAAACUUCCCAGACAAUCUCGUAGACCAGAAAUGUAUCCACAAAGAAGGAUGAGAGAGGAGCCUGUAGUCAUCCAGCAGCUCCCAAAGUCUCUACCUCGUGAGGCUCCGGUCUCAAGAGGCGUGUCAUUACGAAAGUCAUUGUCCAUUCAGAAUGUGGCCCAGAUCGAGGUCCCAUGGGAGGGAGUGACACUUAACCGCUGCCUCUUCGUAGCCAUCACUAUUCUGGUGCUCACUUCAGGGUGUCAGAGGCUACACGAGUUUGUAAGAGGUCGCAAAGAUGGGACGGAUCUAGAGCCCAUAGGCACUGUGCUUAGCAUCAGGCAUACUGUGUUGAGGAAGCACCGUGUCCAGGCACCUGAGCCUGAGACAUUGCUGUGGGACACGUUUCUCUGGUGGUUGGGCGACGAUGAAGAUAACGACGAUGAAGAAGGAGGCAGACGAAGCAAUUCAAGGAAGGUGACUCGAGAAAAAGUUACUCGUGGUCUCAGACACAAAGCCAUACCAGACAGGAAACUUCUGAAGGGGAGGGAGGGCAGGUUUAAAGCACGGAGAGAUAAAGUAAGACAGGACAAAAAGGUUAGUCCUGAGAUAAUGAAGGCACCAAGAGAGAAAGUGAAAAGACUCGGAGAGAAGAAUCCGAAAGAGGAAGAGAAGGUGGUCAAAUUUACAAGGAAGGAGAGCAAGAAGAAAGGGAGUGUAAAAAUAUAAAGCAAGAUGAUGCACUGAAGACAGAGAAGAGACUGAGGUGGCUUACAGAUAAAA